AUGGAUCGACUGCUCGCCGUUGUAAAGGGCGUUGUUGGGGUGUUGGCUCGAAGAGGAUGGUUCGCGGUAUUUUUUAUAUGCCCAUCCGCUUUAAGCUUAUUAACCCAUCCAUUUAGCCCAUUUUAUGCGGCGAAAAAGGCUAUUUAUUUUGGAAUUUGUAUAUUACCAAAAAAUGUAUCCAAGCCUUUAACCAGCACCAUUUUAAGCGGUACAUUUAUUCUUUUAAUUAAUAUGCAUAUUUAG